AGAGAGAGAGAGAUAUGUAUGUAUGUUUCAUCGUACCAUUGGCUUUCACAUUUCCACUUGCAAUGGCUUCCUUUAUGCAUUUAUACUCAUUUUUAGCCAUCCUUCUCUUUGUCCUUCAUCCACUUCAAGCCGCCACCACCAACCACCACCACCACCACCACCACCAUCACCACCACCACCACGACGGACUCAAAUCUCUCCACUUUUCACUCUUUCAACACGAAACCAUAAACAAAACCGGUUACAUCAUCGUAAACGGAGUAGCAGGACCACCAGUUAGCCAAACAACUACUCCGUUUGGGACCCUGUUUGCCUUUCAGGAUCCCUUGACUCUGAAACCAGACUACACUUCCAAGGUUGUUGGAACAGCCCAAGGAACCUCCAUCACUUCAGGAUUAGAUGGGCUUCAAAGCAUCUCCAUCGCCAAGAUCACUUUGAAUGUGAAAAAGCACAAAGGGUCGAUCUCCGUUGUUGGUGUUACACAUAACACUAAACCUUCAAAUCAUCCCGUCGUAGGAGGCACCGGCGACUUUUUGUUCGUUCAAGGUUACGUGACAUCAUCUCCUGUCAACUUAGUAGGAUUAACCGUUACUUACAAGAUCGAGUUCCAUCUUUACUGGCCUCCUUACGCACACCCUAAACCCUAAACCCUAAACCUUAAAUCCUCCCCGCAACAAAUUCUUAGAAUUAGUUGUUGGUAGAAUUUAUUUUAGAUAUGGAUUGCAAUAUCACCAAUAAAGAAAUUACGUGUUAUUUCAUGCUAAGUGCAUAAUUUAUGAUUUUUAUUUUGUGGUUUAUUUCAUUUCGUAUGUUAUACGGUGAAAUGAAAAUGGUGUUAUGUAGGGACGGACCUAUUAA